CAGUGUUGCAAUCUAGUAAUAGAAGAAAUACUUACAUAUAUAAGAGGUCCGUUUGAAGACGUAACUAUCACACACACAAACUAUUCUUUGAAGAAGACGGACGACGAAACAAAAGAAAAAAAAUGAAACUGUUCGUGGUUUUCGCCCUUGUAGCCGCUGCUUCUUGCGCUCCCCAAAACCCACAGGAUGUUCAAAUCCUGCGAUACGACGUCAACAACGCCGGAAUUGAUUCAUACAAUUUCGCGUGGGAGCUGUCAGACGGUACUAAGCACGAAGAACAAGGACAGCUGAAGAACAUCGGCACGGAAAACGAGAGCUCUGUUGUUCAAGGCCAAUACGCCUGGGUUGGUCCUGAUGGUGUGCAAUACACCGUAACUUACAUCGCUGAUGAGAACGGUUUCCAGCCUCAAAUUCAACAGGGACCUGGCGGAGCAGUACCGUCAGCUGUCGUAGCAUCACUAUUAGGAUAAAUUACGCGAAAUAAUAU